AUGAGGGACACCCCGUUGUCCAACUGCGAGAGGGACUUCUUGCUGAAAGCCAUCGAAGAGAAAAAGCUCUGUGAGGCCCUGUCUGACCGGUGCUUCUGUCCACUGCAGCGGAUCGACGGCCGGCAGACAUACGACUACAGGAGGCUGAAGAUCCGCUUUGGGACCGACUACGGAUGCUGCUUUGUGGAUCUGGGACAGACCAGACUCUGCCCCCCCUAA